AUGCCACCCAAAAAAGAGGAAAGAAAACCAUUGGAGCCCAUUUUCCAAGAAAUCCCAUUGUUUUAUGAAUACAUUGAUUAUUCAAAUGAGCAGAUGGAAUAAUUAAAUGAGUAUUUGAAUUACUUCAAACCAGAAUUGAGUGCUAUAAUGAAAAAUAAUAUUUUCGAAAAUAUGGAACUACUUAGUCAAACGAUAAGGAUAGCUAUCCAUCCUUCAUUUAUUAAACCAAAUUAGAUCAUUGAUUUGAACGAUUUCGAUGAAAACACAAAAUUUAGAAACCCUGAAGAUCUCGACGGAGAUUAAGUACCAUAAAUGAUUCAAAUAAAUUCUAUAAAAAUAGAUCUUUAUACAUUAAAAUUAUUGGAUUAUUGUGCUGGCAUAAGCGGAUUGACAACAAUCAAAUUAUCAAAUAAUAGUUUAACAUCCAGAUAAUACCAAUAGUUAGCAGCAAUAAUAAACAAUCCUGAAAACAAAAUAAAAAAGCUGUUUAUUGAUUGGUAAGAAGUAGAUGAAAGCUUCUUGUAAUAGGUGUAGCAAGUCGAGUUUUUAACAUUAAGAUCUUGUUAAUUAACAAAUAAGUAAAUAUAAUCUUUAACGUCGGAUGUGUAAAAUUUGAAAUGCUUAGAUCUUUAUGAUAAUAGAUUAUCAAGAGAAGCCUUGAAUUUGAUAGGGAAAAUGUUAGGUUAAAAUGGUUCUAUGGAAUUUCUUGGUCUAGCUAAAAAUGGAAUACAAUCUUUCGAUGAUCUAUAAGGAAUAACUUAGAACAUCGGUAGAUUUCAAAUGAGUCAAGAAGAAUAUGAGGAGUAUAAGACGAAAGAAAAGGAGAGAGAUGCAAUUAUUGAAAGAAAUAAGAAAGUGAAGAAAAAGGGAACAGAAGAACCUGUGCCAUUCUUAGAAUCAAUACAACAAAUAGAUAACAACUGGUAUCUUAUUAAGAAUUCGAAAUUGUGUUUGAUAAACCUAUCGAUGAAUUAGAUUGAUGAUUAAUCUAGAGAUGCCAUAGAAAAGUUCUUAUUAUAAACAGGUGAAAACUUCUAAUUGGUUUUGAUGAAUAAUAGAUUUGAUGAUCAGAAAGCUUUGCAGAAAACAAAAAAGAAGUUUGGAAAGAAAUUAGUAUUAUGA